GCUGUUUGGAAAGAAAACAUUUUUAUUCAAUAAGUAUAACCCACAAGUAGUGAACAGUUGGAGAAGAUGGCGGCGAUUUUGCGAAGCGCCGCGGCAAAUGUUGCCAAUCGUGGCCAGCCAAGCUCCUUUUACAACAAGGACAAGAACAACCCCGUUUUCCAAUCCCUUGACCAAGAAAUCAAGAAGUUUAUGGGGUACAUGAGAAAAAGAAGUGCACCUGGGUAUAAAAAGCCAGACGAGGAACCGUCUUCAAGGCCUUCUGACACACUGUUUGAGUUGUGGAACAAGUAUGAACCUAAGCUUCCUAAAGAGUACUACCAGAGCAAGUUGUUAGAGGUGGGAGACUUCCUAGUGUUGGUUAAGGAGUACAGUAUUGCCCUGUGGCAGUGCUAUGAUAGAUAUCUGAUGCACUUUGGGAAUCUCAAUGUAGAAGAAAUAACUGAUGUAGACGCCUUCAAGAAAAUGUUCUUCCCAGGGGGUUUUGAUUCAGAAAAUGCCGGUCUCACUUUCCGAGCUCUGAUGGGUAAGAGCAUCAGUAUGUACCAGAUGGUGAAGGCUGGUGACCCCAAACUUCAGAACAAGCAGUCUGUAGAGAGGUGUGUUCUCAUCCUGAAUUUCCUCCGUCUCGUCAUGCAGGUCGUGCUUCCAAAAGAAACACUGUGCUGGCUAGUGUACAAUGGUACUGUUCACAUCUACAGCAUUUCACGUCAUCUCAUGUCCCUGGGGCACUCCUCAAGGGCCCUGGAGUACCUGCUGUGGGCCAGUAUGUGUAUGGAGACCUCCGUCCCCCUCCUGGCCGUCAAGUACCUCCCCUGGAGGGCCACCCUCUACACUGCUGUCUGUCAGUGUUACUUUGACUGUAAACAAUCACAACAUGCAGAGGCCUUUGCAAGGCGAGGACUAGCGAAGAUUAAUGAGCUGAGUAACUUGGAGAACCUGAGUAGUUCUAUAGAGACGCCCCUGUCUGAGAUCACCUUCAGGACUGCCACUGUCAAGAUGGCCAUUAUGGUGUUCAAAAGAUCAGUGUAUGAAACAAGGAGGAAACCCAAGGCUUUACUAAGACCCAAAACAAGAGCUAAUCUUAAGGAGGCCUCCCAUCUGACUUGGCCCAGGACUCCAUCAGAGAAGCUGUUGGCGGACAUGUUUGAAGGCAGUGCAGCCCAGUUCUUAUGCAUUCUAGAAAGUCUGACCGACACAAAUCGCCGGAUUCUCCUGACAGCCCCUCCGGCCUCUGAUUCUGAGGUAGAAAUACUAGACGUGUACGCUGAACUCUUCAUGGCAGGACAGGAGAUUCUCGCAGGUGGUGGUGGACAUCGUGGGUCAUCCAUCAAACCGACCAGCAGUGUCCAUCUUCCUGCUCUGGCGGGAAUUAUCAAGGACUCCAGUGUCAUGGAUAUGGCCUCCAAAGGUGAGGACGGCAGUUCUAUUGAGGGAGCCAUUCGUCUGGUGAAGCUGGCCUACAGCUUUGAACAAUGGGAGGUGUUUGAUACCUUGAUUGAGAAUGUUCUUACCUAUAUCAGGAUUCUGAACAACAACAAGUAUAGCUGGGAUGAGAAGGCUCUGGAACUCUUGCUGGCCAUGGAGAAAGUGAACCCCAGCAGACGACACAAACGUAACAUGGCCUCCGUCGUGGAUGAUGUCGAGAAGGAUGGAGGGCAAACCGCAGAACCCAAAACAGCACCAGAGUCACAACAAGCUACUUCCAGCAGAUCCUACAGUGGAAAUGAUGACUUGAUUCAGGUGGCUGAGGUCAUGAUGUCCAUUGUUAAUGGGCCAUUUGUGCCCUCCAAGAUCGAGGUAGAUAUGGUUGUAGAUGCCGCUCUCUUCCUUUGGAAUAAACUUGGCACACAAGUCGGUUUUCUGUGCAACCCAAAGUACCUCCAGAAAAUGGAGAACCCAAAUAAGUGGGUGUACAUUCUGGACGUGGUCCACAAGGUCCUGUGUUGGUGUGGUAUCAGCAGUGUGGACCCCGCCCUCACCGCUGAGGUGGUGCUGAGACUGGCCCUGGUGUUUGAGAGUAGUGCUCACAUUGAUGAUGGAGUUUUAAGAUCUAAGUUAGUUACCCAGAGUUCCAAGUUUUCUCCUGACGACGCCAGCACGCCCACGUCUUAUCGUUUAUCCAGUACGCGUGAGGCCACUUUUGCAUUGCGUGGCUCCAAGAUGUCACUGGAUGAGGUGGGACAGGAAGGCAGCCAGCACCACCUGGUGUCAAGGACCUCCAUGUUGUCAUCGUCGAUGCUCAAUGUCAACCCACGACAACAACUGCUGCAGGCUCGAGAUAUUCUGGAUCUCGGACUCAAGAACGUCUCGUACGCUAGACAGGCUGUGGCUCUCAGUGAUGGGAAAUCCAUCGCAGAUGUCAGCUGGGCAAAGUUGGAGGAACAUCAAAUGAUGUCUCCAAAGAAAGCCCCAACAAACCUGGAGCUGGACACAAAAAGUAUCGCAAGUGAUUUACUAAGUCUGGACAUACAAGAUGAAGUCUUCAGUCCAGAGCCGGCCUCUCAGAGAGACACAAACCGUACUGAGGGAGUAAAAUCCACAGAUGAGGGGGAGGGGAAGAAAGAAUCCCAGCUCACAGAGGAGGGGGGUAAGGGGUCAGCCACGGCUGUGUGGAAUACUAUUAAGGACCUCCACCUAGAGCUGAUUCUGAUGUACCACCGCGUCUGUCUAAAGCUGGCCUCCAUGGGACCUGACCCGGCAGAGAAUCUACCCAAACCAUUUAAAAGGAAGGACCUCUCUAAACAGGAGAGCAGUAAUGAUCUGAACCCUGCCUACAUCGAGGAUUAUAAGGAGCUCCUAGGAGCCUGUAGGAAAAACUACCUGUCUAAGGCCCUGCUGUUUAUGCAGAAGUCGCUACUUCUCAGUAACUCUGGGGUCACCACCACAGAGCAGAAGGGUCUGCUGCAGGAUGCCGUCAGUAUGAUCCAGAAGAGUCAGACAGAUGAGAAGAGGAUCUACACAGAGAACACCAAUGUCCCAGAAGUCCCAGACAAACCCCGCAAGGUGCCCCCUCCCCCCAUACUACUGUGUCGCACCGACACCAUGAUGGUCUUCAAACCCGCCCCAUUCUCCUCAGAAGAUGGGCAGGAGGUGGCUUGGUACAGAAUCUUUGCUCGCUCCUCUUCAGGCAGUAAUGUCAAGGUCAGAUUGAAUGACCAUUUCUUCCCGGGAACUGGUGAAGAGGUGCCCAGUUAUAGAUGUGAGCUACGAGUGUCAGGACUCCAGCCCAAUGAGCGAUACGUCUUUGCCGUGGCGGCCUAUAACGCCGACGGUCAGUUGAUUGGAGGAGGGGUGGGGGAGAGUUCUAAACCUGUCCUGGCCUCCCACCCCCUCCCUGUACUGAUGACGUGGGGCUUCCUCAGUCAGAUAGCCUACCAGGUUGGUUGCUAUGACAUUGCACGACAGGCUUGUGACGUCCUCUGGGGUCACUUCAUUGCUAAACCUCCAGCCCCCCAAACUGUGACCUUCACCUCUAAAUCAGAGGGACCUUCCAAGGUCACAUUGAUGAAACUAAACCAGAAGGUGGUAUGUGUUUCGUCCCCCGUUCUGUUGAGACAGUUCCUGACCAGUAUCUUUAUCAGUGUAGACAUGAGUGUUAAGGAAGGAGAACUCUUCUGUGAUGUCAUCAAUGAUAAAGGACCACUCCUUCCUGGACAGAUGAAACGGCUGAGUGAGUGUGAGAAGAUGUUGGUGGCGCUGGAGUUGGCGGGGUGGCUGAACGAGGCUAAUUUGGCCCUCCAGGCGGUGGUCCAGUGUUACGGACUGUUGGCACCACUCAUCUUCUACAAGAUCCCAUCUCUGGCGGUGGUGCAGGUAUUACAGAGAUGCCAUGUUGUGCUACAAGAAAUUCCUGCUGGUCUGAGACAGAAGAGACAGCAGAGCAUUGCAGACAGUCUCCAUCACAUGACAGCCUGUAUAACCUACAGUAUGGCUAAGGUUUUGAGGUCAUGGGGUCACAAGCAGCUAGCCAACAACAUAAACGAGGCAGGGCGCCGUCUGCUCGCUCUAGAAGGAGAGGAUCCCAAGGACAAAAAACACAAAGAGAAGGAGCAGACGGACAUGACAGAGAAGGGGGCCCUCUCAGGGGGAGAAACGUCCGCUGACGAGAAAACUGACAUGUCUGACUCACUGCCCCUGCAUGCACUGAAGAGGAAGAGGGCCAAGAAAGCAGGGGCGGGAGCCAGUAAAGAGGAAGCUGAGGGACCAGUCAACGAGGAACUGAAGGCCUUAGAAGCUCACAUGCUCAGCCUCUCCAAACAAGCCCAGUAUGAGCAUGAGCUGUCAGGAUUUGAGGACCCUAGUAUUCUCCAUGCAUACAUAGCUUACCUGCCUAGUAAACUGGCCUAUAGGGAGGUGGUGAAGUUUAAGCGUCGCCAUCGCUAUCUGGAGUUCUUUGUCCAGGUUGCUCAGAAAGCCCUCACAGAAGGAAUGGCCAACCAAGUGAUGGACUGGUGUGACGACACAUCGACAUGGCUCGCUAAAGAAUUUAAACUUCCUCUGUUAGCAAAUAUCCUGUAUCCUAACACUUCCUCUGCUAUAGAGACCUUCACCACCUACUUCCCAGACAUGUUCAGACAGUGGCACAGAAAGAGGAAACUCAGGAAGAUGACAGUGGAUGAGAUGCCAUGGAGAUGUCAGUUGGUGUUGCUGCAAGGAAUGAGUCAUUUCUCAGCUUUUCUACAGAGACUGGAGACAAGAGAUAAAGUACUGGGUACUGCUAAUAUGUACAGAACCAACUUUUUGGAUGAGGAAUGGUUUGGUUUUGAGACAGCUGGUACCCUUGUGGUUGGCUGGGAAGGGGGACCAGCUAAGCCCGUUGAGCCGCGAGGCAGGAAGAGGCUGGAUGAAGAUGAGGACAGAGAGCUGGCUCGUUUACAGGCUUCACGCUUGGAUGCACUCGACUUAGCAGAACACGAGAGUCGUCCACGGACCACUGCUACUGGUAUAGAGAUAGCAGCUGCCCUAGCUACAGGAGAGGUCCCUGAACAUCUGAAGGAAACUGAAUCUCCCGAUUUGGCUGGUUCUCAGUCCCAGACUGAGACAACACAGGGUACCAGUACAGAGGGUACCACUAAAGAGGGCAGUGCUCCCCCUCCUAUGUUUUUCUGCCCCCCAGAACAGGAGGACACCCCCAGGACGUACCGCUCAGAGGCCAGCAAUGCCCCCGCAGUCCCUAAACAGACCCAGAAGGAGAUAGACAACGUCAUUAUAUCUACCAAGGAAAUCACUGAAUCCCUCACCAAAACUUUCGCUCACUUCAAAAAGGCUGUGAUCUUGGCUCAUAGAGGGCAGCACUGGACCUUGCUCCAGGACUCGUGCCGGACCAUGUGGAACUGUGCCCACACUGCCCUGUUACGGGCGAUCGGACAGGAGGACGGACUACUGACCGUGGACAAUCUGAGAUCUAUUGUGUGGUUCCCUGUCUAUACUGCUGCUGACUGUAUACUGGACAUGCUGGUACAUUUACAGACCGAUCUAGAGAAACAUGCUGAUAAGGCUAAGAGUAAGAAUCGUAAGCUGGGGGACCUGUUUGAGACCUGGACAGGGGACAUCACUCAGGAGAAGGGCGGGGCCAGUCUGAAGUUUGAGGCCCCCCUAGACGACGCCAGUGUGUGUGACAUCCGAUUUAUCAGUCGAUUUGUACUGAGGGUACUGGAGAUGUUGUUCUAUGAGCAGAAGUGGGAGAAGUUGGUAGACAUAGCCAUGCGCUUCAGUGGACUGACCAAUGACCGUUAUGCUGAGCAGGUCAUCCCGAUCCUUGUCCAGGCCCAGAGACAGAUUGUGUCCCUCCUGGAGGAUCUGGGGGGAGAGGAACCACCCCAGAAACACUACCGUCAGUUGAUGCAGAGGCUGGGUGGUGUCAUCACCUCUAAGGACUAUCUCCACACCCAGCUGACCUUGGUCAUUGACCCCAAUAACCUCCCCAAAAUCCCUCCAGGGGCAGCCAUUGACCCACUUGGACAUGGAAUAUAUUCAAUUAAGGACGGUCAGACCUCGGUCUCUGUACCCCUUGACGUGCCCCUCAGUCUACAGACAUUACGGGAGGUCCUGGACAAGUCGCAGUACACCUGUAGGGCCCUACAUCACAGCCGAAAACUCCUUAUACUCUACCUAGCAGGACAGCAGAAUGUUGGAGAUGGGUUCCUGAGUCGCCAAGUGUCUCGGGUAGAAUUUGUCCCCACCACCGCGAAGCCCCAGCCCACCAUGCCACCGGACAUCAGUCGAGAGGAAUUUAUGGACAUGAACGACGUACUGACCACAUGUAUGCCCAGGUCCCAGCUAGGAACGGUCAUCUCGUCAUAUGAAAAGACAAUAGCUAUGCUGCUGGCCAAGAACCAGAGAAGUCAAGCAGCACAGGCCAUGCAUGAAUUAGGAAAUCUGCAGUACCAUGCCUCUAACAUCAGAGGGGCAUACCGCUGGUGGGCUGAGUCCCUGGACCACACCCUUAACACGACGGAUGCCCUCCACACCUGGCGGGGGAUGAUGAAGGACAGCACUGACAUCAGCUCUGAUCUCCUCAAGAGAUGUGGACUGUGGGGGUGUCUGCUAGGGGGCGUGCUGGCCUCCAACAUUGCACAGUACAUCUUAACCUCUGACCUUGGACUUAGAAUGGAAUGCUGCUUCCUGUCUGGCUAUUUCUUCAAGGCCCUGUUCCGUACGUCUCUGCCCCACCCCCGGGCUGACAGAGACUAUGCCCUGUAUGAGGUAGGGGAGGGGUGUGAGGUCACUAACCUUGUCCCUGGGUUGGACCUGCUGUCUGAGAAGUUCCGGUGUGACGGAAGACAACUGAUCGCCGCAAUCCGCUGGGUCACGGAAGAGCUGGCCAGAGGGAAACAUAACCUAUUUGUCCUGCCCCUACUAACUCUGAACCAGUACCUGACAACCUUUGUCUGCCGUGACCUUCAGAGGUCAGUGGAUGGACGAAUACUCAAAGUCAGAGUGCUCACUGACCUGCGACUGUUUAACGAGGCCUUCAUCACACUUCAGCGACUUCUUCAUGGAGAGCGACUUCCUCAGAUCGGAGACAGUCAUUUCAGACAAGUGGAAUCUAAGAUGAGCUCACUCAAGUUCAACACAUCCAAACCUAUUACAGAACCUGUCAAUCUGAGGGUUCUGGAGAUGGUCCUAGAUAAGAGGCUGUCCUCCAGUCUGGCCACCCUGUACGGGCCCCACAUGACUUGUCAUCUGUCCUUGGUACAGGCCCACCUGUUUGUGUCCCUGGCGGACACCAUACCAGUCAUCCCAAGGAUGGAGGAUGUCAUUUUGACAGAUGGACAGAAGGACCUUAAGCCUUUCACUAUCAGUACUAUCUCCCGUGGGGGACUGGGCUCUAAAGGAUUCAAAUUGUCCAGCAGCAGCAGUGGAGGGGCACGGAAAUCUACGAGGUCAUCAAUGGACAUGAGGAAAGAUGAUGGAGGAGGAGAUGAGGAUGAGGAAGAACAUCACAGUGGUCAUGCUACUCGACGCUUCACCCAGAGUAAGAAACCCCUGACCCUGGAGCUGAUUAAGGGGACACUACUGACCAUGGCUGAUCAGAUGGUGACCACUAUUGCUGAGGUUAUUCUGGAGAAUGCAGAACACGACAAAUCUGGUCUGGAAUCUCUGCCAGCAGCGGAACUAGAGUUGGUCGUCCUGUGUAAACUACAGCAGGCCGUGAUCUCCCGACAGAAACAACACGCACCGAUGGCUGCUAGGAUCAUUUUGUCUGCCCUCAAACUCCUCAAAAACUCCCAGCUGUUUAAACCCAAGAAAGAGGCUCCAAUUACAAAGAGAGAAGAUCCUUUUGAAUUAUCGGAGAGACCCUCUUCUCUGAAAGGAUCAGGUCCCAGGAAGGACACCCAUGCUAACGUUAAAAUCGUUCAUCCGGAAAAUAGCCAGUUCCAGUACCAGAACUUCCAGAGUCGGUCACGCUUGGAUGCUCGGUUAUGGUUGGACUGUCGACAGGCUCUAGUGAAAUGUCUGAUGAUGGAGGUCCGCAGUCUGGGAGAGAUCAAAGACCCUGAAACUAAAGUUCUACAAGAGCUGGCAGACUGCCGUCAGUAUUGUAUUGAGGGUCUUGGUGAGGCAGAGGCUUGUGGCGAUGUAGAAAUGCAGGCUGAGUUCUUUAUACAGGGCGCCAUACUUAACAUCACAGAGGGCAAGAGUCUGGAACACACUGUCUCUCUGCUGCAGGAUGCCAUUAAGCUGUUACAGAAGAUCCCUAAGUUGUCUAUCCCCGGGGAGCAACUUUUGACCCGAGCCCUGCUCCUGAGGACGGACCUCGAGGCUGUGGAGAGGGAGGAUGAGACAGCACUGUUUACUGAGCGUACACUGGACCAGUACUUAGAGGCCCAGGACCUCAUACUUAAACAGUUGGAGAGACUAGGGGAGGCAAUCGAGCAUUAUUACCCCAGUCAGAUGUCACAGUUCUCUGCCCCUGUCAGUCCUAUGAAGAAUAUUUACCUCCCACAGUUGUUACAGCUGGUACAGAUCAAGCUGAGGGUCGGGCACGCCAUCAGUCGCAAUGCCGCCAAAUACAUCCGCAGUGGUUCAGAUAAAGACCCGGUACAGCUGUGGUCCGCUGCCCUGGGAGUCCUGAUGACUGCCAGAGAACUGUCCCAGGCCAGCGUCACAAGGGAGGCAAAUCUGGAGGCCGAAAUCUUACUGAACCUUGGUAAAGUACAGCGUAUGUUGGUGUACCACGGAAAGUUCCCACCCAGGAAAGCAGCAGAAACUCUGUUAGAGGCCAUUACUACCAGCUUCAAUAAUGACCAUGAUUUGGGACUGAUGAGACAGGCCUACAUGGAGAUUGCCCUAGUCUACCUACAGAGUUCUGGGCUGAUUACUCUAAAGGACAACAAUGGGCUGGAAUUUGUCACGGAGUCUCAAGAUCCACUGGAACCUACCAGUGCCAAAACGGACAGCUCACGGAAGACCAAGUCCUGGAAGGGUUCCCCUGUGUCUACACCAGAGAGGAGUAAGAAGGACCGUCUGAGCAGUAGGACCAAGUCCAGUAAGAGUGAUGAGGUGGGUGACCAGGAGAAGGAACGCCGCGCGGCGUGGCUGGCCAUCAGAUGUGCUGCAGCGGUGGCAGAGGCCCAGAGAGCUCGUGUGUUACUGAUCGGGGACGUCAGCGUCACGUCACAAAAACUCCCGGAGACUGCGCAGGAGAACAUCCCAGACUUCGUGGCUUUGGAUCUUGUCAGUGCUUAUGUGUUAGGGGAAAAGAAGAAAGUGUAUAAAAAUGAAAUAGAGGAGGAGUUGGCUCCCUUGAUUGAGGCACAGGAAGUGAAGAAGGUGGAGACUUAUGAAGAACAGGUGAACCGAGCGAAGGACGGAGCUAAAGACCUGGGGUGGAUCCACUUCCUGGGUUACCAGACAGUGUUACAGAGACUUUGUAGUACCUCUACCAUCUCUGCCUCCAGCAUCAAGUCAGACAACUCACCACAGGAUGACACCGACCCUGGUGAUCUUGGCCCAGACUUUGACCUCGGGUUUAUCAGUCAUGCCCAGUGUGACACCACCAUGAACCAUGACGUGGUGCGCUCCAUGCUGUUUGGUGGUAUCUGGUCGCGGCGUUCCGCUAAGCUCCACACAUACCUAUCCACACAUCUACAGGUGUACAGUGAGAAAUGUUGUGCCGUGUAUCCCCCCGACAAUCUUAGUCUGCCCACCGUUACUGCUGUCAGGUUGGAUGCCAGUGUAUUGUACAAGUCCUACAUCCAGAACCUGACCGUGCCAACUGACCAGGAGGAGAACGUCCAGACAGGUGGACAGGGGAUCACAGGGAAGGCCCCGCCCCCUCCAGGCUCUAAUCUCAGCCAGUACCAACCCCCGGACAAAAGUGUCACCACCCCCACCGAUACUGAGGUGGCAGUACAGUUUUACCAGCCCUCGUUGGAGGAAAAUGAUCCCCAGAGACCUGAAGCUGUGGGUCCAGACUCCAGAAUUCUCUUGCUGUUUGCCAUGUCCAACAAAAAGGUCAACCAACCGGGCAUCCAGUGGGUGACCUUGUCCCAGCUGAAUGACCUUCAUGACAGAUUGGCACUGCUUGCUCAGAGAGUAGAAAUUUCACUGCAGGAGAAAGAGAAGAAAUCCAAGGACCCUAUCACUCCCUCCCCUACCCCCACAGCCAAGGCUAAGAAGACCCAGAGAAUCAAGGCUCUGUCCCCAAAAGUUCAGAGAGAUGAACAGUUAGAGAGUUUACUGAAGCAGUGUGUGGAUGAUGUGACCACUAUACUGGGGGUCCUGACUGACCAGGCCGAAACAGCCAGCACCGCAGGCGACAUUCCGUUUGAGGUGAGUCGAACCAACAUCAGGAACCUGGAGGGUUUGUUUGACCCAGGAUUUGGUUUUAUUCUCCGCGGAUCAGACAUGGCUACCUGGCUUGUGAAACUACUGACUCAGCAGUAGGAACCAGACAAAGGAACUGGACAGUGUUUAUUUUACAACAUUGUGUUACUAGGCUUAAUAUUUAAUUAUGUAUUGACUGUAAUGAAAUGAAAGUUUAUUUUGUUUUUAUUUACACAUACCACAUUGAAUUUUAAAAUAAUUUAAAGAUAAUAAAAAAAAAUAGUUUUAAAAUUUGUUUAGAAAACUACUGAUUGAACUAUAUAAAUUUUUGAGAAAAAAAAUACUUGUGUAUGACUUAGCAAAAAAUGUCCACUUUAUGGCUUUUGUGAAUUGUUUCACAUUUUACAUCAAUGUUAUGUUUGUUAUUUUUGAAAUUUGUGGCACUUAACUUACUUUCUCCGUCCAUUUGUUGUCUAUUUUUAAAAAUUAUGUUUAUUUUGGUAUACUUUGAUUA